AUGACAGUGCUUGAUGAGGAAAGCGCUGUCAAAGUCGCGAUUCGCGUGCGCCCAUUCAACAAAAGAGGUAAGAAUAGUUUAUUUGACAGUUUCCUCAUGUUUCAUAUUGCAGAGCUCGAUUUGAAAACCAAAUCAGUCGUUCGAAUUAAAAACGAACAAUGUACUCUAAACCACCCGACCGAAGAGUGAGUCCUUAUCUUAUCUCUGAAUAAUUCAAAAAUCAUAUUUGCUUUAGGAAAAACACAAAAACAUUCGCAUUCGACCAUUCGUUCUGCUCGACCGACCCAAAAAGCUAUGACUUUGCGAGCCAGGAGACAGUCUGCUAUUAUCUGGGCACUGGAGUUGUCGAGAAUGCAUUCGCCGGCUACAACGCUUGCAUUUUUGCAUACGGACAGACCGGAUCUGGAAAGUCGUACACAAUGAUGGGGACUCCGGACCAGCCUGGAAUAAUCCCACGUGUCUGCAACGAUGUACUCGCAUUCCCCCCUGUGUUCUUUCCAGAAAGUUUACUUUUUAUUUCAGAUUUUCACACGAAUCCAGGAGACCACGAACAGCACUCUGUCAUUCAAAGUUGAAGUGUCCUACAUGGAAAUUUACAACGAACGAGUCCGUGACUUGCUCGACCCGAAAAAGUAAGCCGUUUUUCAGAACGGGACACAAAAACAAAAAAACAAAAUAAACGUCUUUGAAGAUCAAGCAAAGCAUUGAAAGUGCGUGAGCAUAAAAUACUCGGACCAAUGGUUGAUGGAUUGUCGAUUCUGGCAGUCAACUCCUUUGAGGUUCGCCGACCACAAGCAUCCGAGUGUUUAUUUUCAAUUUUAUAGCAAAUUUCGAACUUGUUGGAGGAGGGUAACAAGUCGAGAACAGUUGCUGCCACCAACAUGAACGCGGAAAGUUCGAGAUCCCACGCAGUAUUCAGCCUGAUUGUAACCCAAACAUUGCAUGACCUGGAAAACGGAUUCAGUGGAGAAAAAGUAGCCAAGAUUUCCCUGGUCGAUUUGGCAGGCAGUGAGAGAGCUGGAAAGACCGGAGCGGUCGGAAAACGUCUUGAGGAGGGAGGAAACAUUAACAAGUCAGUCCUCUUGCUCAGGAUAAGCUCAUGAAUAGUAGAUUCAGGUCACUGACCACACUCGGAAUGGUCAUCUCAGCGCUCGCGGAGAGAAAUGCAAAGAAAGACAAGUUCAUACCAUACCGUGAUUCAGUGCUCACUUGGCUGCUGAAAGACUCGUUGGGAGGCAAUUCGAGGACUGUUAUGAUUGCGACUUUGUCUCCAGCCGCAGACAAUUACGAAGAGACCCUGUCCACUUUACGCUAUGCUGACCGCGCCAAGAAGAUUGUCAACCACGCUAUCAUAAACGAGGACCCGAACGCGAGGGUCAUUCGUGAAUUGCGCGAGGAAGUUGAAACUUUGCGCAUGCAAAUUACACAGACUAAAAAAGAACAUGCGGUUGGUUAACGUCUUCGGAAUUGGAAAAUAAAUUCAGAAAAGUUUUAGGAAACCGAAGAACUCCGCGAGAGAUUGGCUGAAAGUGAACGUUUAGUUGCUCAAAUGAACAAAUCCUGGGAGGAACGUCUGAAGGAGACUGACACAUUGAACAAAGAACGACAGAAAGACCUGGCCGAGAUUGGAAUUUCCAUUGAGUCGAGUGGAAUCAAAGUGGAGAAGGAUCGCUUUUACUUGGUCAAUAUGAAUGCGGAUCCAUCUCUGAACGAGUUACUCGUCUAUUAUAUAAACGUAAGCAGAAUUUCAGUUGCUCCAAGUUUUUAAUAUAAUUUUCAGGGUUCUGCAAUCAUCGGUAACUCUGAGGAGCUGGAAACAAGUCGAGAUUCCGGUUUGUCAAUGUCAUCCAACGAGUCGGGCAGAAAAGAAGACGAGAAAGGUGAGAACUCUUGCAGAUUUAAUGCGAAUCACAGCCAGUUUAUGGUUUCAGAACGGACGAGUAUUGUCCUUCGCGGUCUCGGUAUCAUGAGAAGACAUGCAAAGUUGACUGUAGACGAAUUCGGUGGCCGUCCUCGUCUGUUCAUUGCCCCAAUGUCACCGGAAUGCAGAAUUUGUGUUAAUGGAAAACAGAUCACCGAAAGGACUCUUCUGCGCAAUGGAAAUCGUCUGUUGGUCGGAAUGAAUCACUUUUUCAAAGUGAACUGUCCGAAAGUGAUUGAUAUGGAACAAUCCAUUAUGGAGGACAGCACCAUGUUCGAUUACAAUGACGCGUGGCAUGAGGUCAACGAUGCGAACCCCAUCAGUUCUGCUGUUGACCAGUACAUGGAGAGUGUGACGCUGAAGCAUCAGGUACGCGUCCUUUGCAGAAUUAAUCCCACAUCUAAUUGAUUUCAGGAAGACAAGAAAGCAGCACUGGAACAGCAGUACGAAGCCUUCGAGAAAUACAUUCAGUCUCUGACUGCCGGAGGGUUUACCCCUUCCACACCAAUGACCCCUGGAUUUGGACUGACGACUCCAAUUACAACACCCAGCACUGGAUUACCGCCAUUCCCAUUCCCUGCAAACCCGAAGCAGUCUGUCAAGAGCAAAUUCUUCUACUGGGCUCAACGAAAGUGAGUUCGCAUUGUUCGUUGUAGUCAGUACGUUUCCAUUUUCAGAGAAGAGAUGUUUGCCGAGUCGUUGAAACGGCUGAAGGCGGAUGUUAUCCAUGCGAAUGCGUUGGUUCGAGAGGCCAACAUGAUUUCAAAAGAGCUGAACAAAAAACCAAAAAGACAGACAACAUAUGACGUUACUCUACAAAUUCCCGCUUCCAAUUUGAGACCAAUCAAAAUCAAGGCUGGUCAGUUCGUCUGUGAACCGGUUAUUGUGGUCCGUAGAGAGGGGAUGAGUGGAUCACAAUUCUGGACGGUUUCUCAGUUGGAAAGUCGGCUGGUGGACAUGAGGGACACUUACAAUGACAUGCUCAAUGGAUUUGCCAGGUUUGUAGUUCACUCCAAGAAGCACAUAUGGAAAUUUGCAUUCAGAGCGAGUGAGUCUCUUCAAGGAACGCCGAAUGCAUCACCAAUGAAGACGGCCGGAAUUCCAAUGAAUGAGUGUUCCUCUCUCGUCAUUGACCCGUUCUUCGAAAGCCAGGAACAUCACAACUUGGUCGGUGUUGCCAACGUUUUCCUGGAAGUUUUGUUCCACGACCUCCGGUUGGAUUAUCAGGUCCCUAUUAUUUCGCAACAAGGGGAAGUAGCCGGUCGUCUGCAUGUUCAAAUUUUCCGGGUUGUGACUCAGGAAGAGAUAGAAGAUGAAGCGAGUAAUGGACCAGAGUCUCUACUCGGAAAGACGAUCACUUGCCGCGUACGAAUCAAGCGCGCUUCUGGCCUUCCGGAAAAGUUAUCCAACUUUGUGUUUUGCCAGUACUCAUUCUUCAAUAUCUCGGAACUGCUGGUUGUUGCGCCCGCUAACGAGAGCGCAAAUCAUUGUUCGCUUGCUACAACUGUCAUCUUUGAGCAUCAAAGAGUAAGUCAACAAUAACCAAGUGCCAAGUAACAUUUGUUUAACAGGAUUUCAACGUUAUGGUCACUGAAGAGUUCAUGGAGUACGUACGGGACGACGCCCUUUCCAUCGAAGUCUGGGGACAUCGCAUCUGCGGCCAUCCAGAGGAAAGGGUUCUGGACACGGAUGAGAAAUCAAAAUCUCUCCAGAACCGGUGGAUGGAAGUGACCAGAAGAUUGGAAAUGUGGACUGAAGUGAAAGAGUUGAAUGAAAACGGAGAGUGGUCGAGUGUAGAAGUGCGCAGUUGUGAAGACGUGGCAACCGGUGGAAUCUAUCAGCUGAAGCAAGGGCAACAACGUCGACUGGUGGUCGGAGUGAAUGUGGCUGCUCCUGACGGGCUGCCGAUCAGCAUUGAUAGCAUUACUUCUGUUAGCAUUGGGGCAAUCAUGGCGGUCAAGCCGACGAGUCAACCAAGAUCGAUCGACAGUUAUCAAGAGGAAGAUUUGGAUAAGAUCAGGAAGCAAUGGUCGCAUGCCCUCAAAACAAGACAAUUCUACUUGCAACAUCAGCUCGAUACUCUCUCAGCAAAGUCGGGAAAGUCCGAGGCCGAGCUUGACCGUGAGCACUCGCUGAUGGGGCAGUGGGUUGCACUUACGGAAGAAAGAACGGCUGUCGAAUGUCCUGCUCCGAAUUCUUGCAUUCCAGGAGCCCCUUGCGACUGGUAAGGUUGAGCCAGAGUGUUCGAUAACAUUUUAUUUUUGAAGGAUUGCUCCGGAGGGAGUCGAACGCCACAUCCCCGUGCUCUUUCUCGACUUGAACUCUGAUGACAUGACUGGUGAAAUGACCAGCGAUGAGGUUUGUUCAGUAUUUCUCUGAAGUAUUGGAAUUUUUGUCCGCUCAGAACGUUCCAAGAGUUGCCGGUUUGCAUUCAAUGCUUCCAUUGGAACCAGAAGGAAAUCUGCUCAUGUUGCCAAUUCACAAAUACGACGACAAAGACCAUGUGGCUACUUGUUCUUGGGACUCUUCCGUUCAUGAAUCCACUGCUCUCAAUGUCCCCACAAACACUCAUGAUCGGAUUUACGCUAUUGUCAAGGUACGAGCACAGCUUUUAUGCACAGAAAAAAUAGUUUUUUCAGAUUAUGGUCCGUCUUUCUCAUCCGUGCCCAAUGCAUAUCGUUCUGAGAAAACGAAUAUGUCUGCAAGUCUACAAGAAACCGAGUCUCACGGAGAAAUUCUUCAAGAAGAUGCUUGGAACAGAGACCAUUCACAGAACCUCUUUGUAUUACGACGUGGUUGCCCACAUUCCAAAGGUAAAAAAAGAAACAGUAUGCCAUGUGCAAGUUUGAUUUCAGUCUUCACAAGAUAUGGAAGACCGGUCCUCGUUAGCCAUGAUGGCCGCCAAAGACACCUCUCAAGAGGACCACGCGUCUCGAAAUGCUACAAGUGAAUCUCAACAUCAACGACAGACACUCAACUACAUUGAGGCGUACACAAAGAGCAUCCAGGCGGUAAUUUAGAAAAAGCACAUUGAAUUUGUUAAUUGUUUGGUGUAGGUUGAGUCAAUGCUCAAGUUAGAUCGACUCCGCCAAGAAGUUGCAAUCACGAACAUGUUGACAAAAAAGGAAAGAUUGGCUCGCAUUCAAAACUUUGGCCUUCCGAUGCAUUCACUGAGAAUGAAUAGAGCAGUUAGCCUCCCGAAUGCCAUUUCUUCAGCAGGACAGGUUCGAAAAUUGGAAAAAUGGGAUGAAAAUUAUACAUUUUCAGGCAAAUGGAGUAGAGAAACGAUCGGACACUCCGAUGAGCAUCUCUUCCUCCAAUUCAAUGGGUAUGUUGCUUUUUCAGUGCUUGUAUCAUUCCCUUCAAAAUCCGAAAUCUUGCCGCUUCAAUUUGGUUUUCUUUCAACUCACCUUUGCAAAACGUAACCCAAAAAACCACACACAACUAAUGCUUCUCACUUCUACUUCUUCCGCUCUCUAUCCGAACACAGAAAGUGAAAUGAUGCACCAAUGAUUGCAGUUGAAACAUGAGGUCACUUUCUGCACUGCAAAUUGUUUCAAUAGCAUGUUCAGCUUCUCGAUUCUCAUCUUUUCAAAGACUUGCUUCUUAGAAUGAGAAAACUGACAUCCCACUCUCACUUCUCUUCCUCUCUUUCUUUCUCUUACGUUGCACACGUCUCCCUUCUCUAAUUUCAUUGUCAAUUUCAUAUAACCAACACUUCCCUUCACCCCUUCCAACCACUAACAUACAUUUCAGCGCGACCUACAUCUCUUAAUCUGAAACCUCUUUGCAUCGGAAAGUGUAGGUUUUGUUUGUUCCGUGCCCCGAGAGAUGAGCUGCAGUUUUAUUUUAUGUUCUUUCCUUUUGCAUGUCCUCGCACGUUCAGUUUUGCAUCUUCUUUUUCAGUGUUGAAUGUCGGCAUGGUAAGGUUUUCUGACGAACCGCAAAAUAACAACCUCAACAAGAAAUCCGAAAAAAAAACGUACAAAUGAGAGAAAACUUCAGAGUUGCGUAACUCCCGUUAGAGUUAAAUUUUGUCCCGACCUUGUCUGCGUGAAAUCUCCAUUUUGAAAUGAAUGUAUCCGCCGAGCUUUAGGGCAGAGUUUAUAACUUAAUAUGUGUCCCAGUAGUUCUUUUUUGUCCGUUUCUCGUAACCACGCAACUGCUUUCAGUGACAAGCAUCAUCAGUCCCUACAACGACAAAUUGACUGGAAUUACCGAAGAAACAAACUCUCUCAAGAUUGAGGUAAUUAAAAAACGUUUGUGUGAAUACAACUAGUAUGGAAUUUUCAGACAAUUCCGACCAGGUCAUCAACUGUUCCGGAGACCAUGUGCUUUUCAGCAGCUAAAAAAAUGGUAAAGAAAACGAGCAAAAUAUAUUUGUUAAAAAGCCAAGUAAUUCUGUUCAGUCCCCAACGGAAGAUAUGAGGAAUGGAAACGACCGUUCUUCCAAUGGCACAACCGGUGGCGUCAAAUUGUGUCUUCCUUUGGACAACAAUAACCAAAUCGCUUCGAAAAAACUGCAGAAUGGUAUCCUAACCUGUUCCUUAUCCCUCAAACUGUCCUACUCUUCAGGCGACCUGGUAGAUCUCAAAAUCAACUGA